AUGGCGGGCACCGGCACUGCUCCCGCUGCAUCUGCAGGGUUCGAGCGUUCAUCAGCCUCUGGCACAGCAGCGCCAGGCGCAGCAGCAACGGCAGCAGGAGGAGGCGCAGGAUCAGCAGCAGCACCGGUUGGCGAUGAAUCAGCAACGAUUCCUUCGGGUUUUCUGGGGACCUUGGUUCCAGUGCGGCGUACCUUCAUUGAAGAAGUGCCUGAAGAUCUGCGGUGCCCCAUUUGUUACGACGGAGCAGCAAACUGCAGCACGCGCUGCGGCCAUUCGUUUUGUCUGCACUGUCUCUACAGCCACAUCACCACCCGUAUUAUUCAUCAGCAGUCAACUGCCUGUCCCCUCUGCAGAUCUGCAAAUGCAGGACUUGGAAUUAGCACCGUCUCAGGAGAAAAAUAUGCAAGGGCCCGCGCACUGCGCGUUCGCUGUCUGGGUUAUGAGGGGGGCUGCUCAGUAGAGGGGCCCCUGGCUGAAGUGGAGCAGCACGAAGUCUCUUGCCCGACUGUUCUUAUCUUUUGCAGAUUUAGAGACGCGGGAUGCAGCACACCUGUGCUGCGCAAGGAGGCGUCUCUUCAUGAGAACCGGUGCCGCUUCAAUCCUGCUGUCCGUUGCUGCCAGCAUUAUCUCUCCGGCUGCAGAGUUCGCGGCAUUGAGGAGUUGCUGCAGCAACACGAGCCGCGCUGCAGGUACCGGAAUAUGCAGAAGUUCGUUAGUUGUCGCCACGCCUCUUUGGGAUGCGGGUUGCGGGUGCGGAAGCAAUACAGAGAAAGGCAUGCAGACUGCUGCGCCUUCAAGAUACUACACGAGCUCAAACUCAAGCGACGCCAACAGCAGCAGCAACAGCUGCUGCUGCAGGGAGCACCGUCAGGUGCAGUGAGCAGCGCUCCUGCCGGUGAAGGCAGCACCGAGGGAGCAGCAGCAGCAACAGAGGGAGCAGCACAAGCCUGCUCUUCGGCAGAAGCAGCAGCAGCAGCAGGAGCGGCAGCAGCGGAUGCCUCCUCUGCAGCAGCGGCAGCAGUACAAGCUUCCUCUGCAGGCGCCCCAGCAGCAACCGAAGCACCCGCAGCAACAGCCGCAGCAGCGGAAGCAACUGCUGCUGAUGCUGGCAGCAAAAUGAGCGACGACUGCGCCGAUUUGUGUUUGGCGCUGCAGUGGAGCUCGCAGCAGCAAGUACUGCCCAACGAGCUGCUGCUGUUGCGGCUGCAGGAGUUUCUGCCGAAUGUUGCGGCCAUCACCGAGGGAAGAUUUCCUGGAGAAUUCCACGUCGUACUCAGACAGCAAGUCCACACUAGAACUGCUGCUGCUGUUGCUAAUGCUGCUGUCCCUGCUGCUGGUACCGCUGUUUCUGAUGUGCGUUCGAUUGGAAUGGCUGGAGACCCGAACAUGAGUUCAAAUCUGUCGGGUCUCGGUCUCCUCUACAAGGGGCUGACGACCCUGCAGGCUCCUUGA